GCCUCCACCAUUUAUUACCAAGUAGGAGUGGGUCCAGCAAGCGACGCAGCACAGCUUUUCUCCAAUCAGACUCCACAAGGGUGGCGCCACGUCUGCGACCAGAUCCAAUCUCGUCCCCUGAAGGGAGGGAACGCGAAGUGCCUACCUGCACCUGUGGCAGCGGUGACCGCCUCCUGUUUUUCCCCCCUCCCGCUGCCGCUGGGUUCUGGUUUCUCCAAUCACUUGGCGAAUAACCAGCAGGUGGGCAGAUGUCUUUUCGCUUUCCUACCAAAGCGUAGGAAGGCUUAAUGCGCCAGAGCGAGCAGCUGGGGUCCCACCUCUGGGCGCUUCCCGAGCGGUUCUAUCCGGGAAGAGGGACUUGCCUUAGAAUGUAAAGCUACUGAAUCAGGCGAGGCUGCUGGGUUCUUCACCUGGGGCAAAGAAUCCCACAGUUCCUCGGACCGACUGAGCCCGGAGCUGCCUCCGCACUGCUCAGAAGUUGGAGGUGCCAGAGACCAGCAGCAGCACUUAGUUAAGCUUCGCUGCAGGGAUUGUUUGGUUCGGUUUCCAGCAACGGAAUCCCUACAAGACCACGCGAAGGGACACCACGCCCCAACUUCAGGUACCCCCCGAGCGUGUCCCCUUAGUGCUCUCUGUCGUGAGUGCUGAGCGGGCCCGCGGUGUCCUGGAACCAAGCAGGGAUUGCCUUGGCUCCCAUCCCGCAGCCCGCAUAGAAGCCUGGGAAAGAGGUGGGGAGAGACCUUCGGGAGUGAGGGCCGCUGCAGUUGAAGCCCUUCCCCACGAGGGGCGCCCCAGUCCCCGGCUGGCGGACCAUGGCCGACAGCGGUGGCACCGGCAGCUCUGGGCCCUGGUGGAAAUCGCUAACCAACAGCAAGAAGAAAAGCAAGGAAGCCACGGUGGGGGCGCAGCCUCUGGCCCAGCCAGACCCGGAGGAGCCCAACCCGCCCAGCCCAGAAUGGACUAGCAGCUCCCAAGAGAACCAGCACCCCAAUGUCCUUGCGGGCGCCAGCGAGUCCCCCAAGCCAGACAAAUUGUGUGGGGAGAAAUCUGGCAACAGCCGCCGCAAUUUGAAGAUCUCGAGAUCUGGCCGCUUUAAGGAGAAGAGGAAAGUGCGUGCCACGCUGCUUCCAGAGGGAGACAGGUCCCCAGAGGAGGCGGACUUCCCUGAUGAUGCCCAGGAGGACAAGCAAUAGCUGGAGUGAGCACUCUAAGGCUUGUCUCUUUUCCCACAAUAAUCCCAGAACCCAGUUCCAUACCUGAGAAUUCUGACCCAGCCCCCUAUUUGGUGUCUCACCCCACCAUAUUCAUAAUAUUCACCCGAGGCCUCCAAGAUUUUAUUUUUCUGGAAAUUGAAGUGUCAAUUGAGUUCUCAAUAUUUCAUGACUCAAAGAUGCAUUAAGUAUUUAUUUGUGGUAAGAGAAGAUACAUGCCUCUGAAGAAGUUGGCAUAAUUAUUAUUUUUUCCCCAAGGAGCUGUUUUGGGGCAUUUGCCCUUGUUCUUGUCAUCUAUGGGAGUGAGAGUGACGGAGCGGGCCUUCUUUCAGAGAAAGUAGCUGAACUUGAACUCUGCAGCCCUCAAAUGAGGAAGGCUGCACUUAUUGAAGAUUCUGAAGACUUUCUCGGGAACAUCAGAUCUCAGUGCUGUUUUUAAUGCCUGAGAAAUGCACUUCAGGGAUACUUCCAUAGACUUACACCUUAAGUGAAGGGGUGGGGAGGGAAGAAGCAGUAAGUAGAAACAUUUCAAAGUGAGGCAGUAUUGCUUCAAAAAUAGAACUACAAAACCGAACAGCAUAUUUUAGUGUGGAUUAUUAAAAUUGUUGCACUGUAAGACUUAA